UUGGAUUCAUAUCCAAGAGCUGUAUCCAGAGACACCAUGCAGGCAGACGAGGGUGGCAACGCCAUCUUGUUGGGCAGCGAGGAGAGUGGAAAGAUCUACCCCGGAGAGACCCCGCGCUACUGCCCCCUCUAUGCCAAAAGCUUUGGCGGCACACCGAGCCGCGAGAGACCUGGCGCGGGUGACAAACGCUACAAGUGCUCCGAGUGCGGAAAGGGCUUCAAGAAGCGGUCGGCCCUCCUGACCCACGACCGGACGCACACCGGGGAGAAGCCCUACGGCUGCGCCGAGUGCGGGAACAGCUUCAGCAACAAGUCCAGCCUGACGCGGCACAAGAGGAAGCACACGGGCGAGAAGCCCUUCGGCUGCCCCGACUGCGGCAAGAGGUUCAGCCAGAGCUCCAGCCUCAUCCGCCACAUGAGGAACCACACGGGGCUCCGGCCUUACCGCUGCUCGGCGUGCGGCAAGAGCUUCAAGCAGAGCUCCAGCCUCCUGGUCCACAGAAGGACGCACACGGGGGAAACCCCGUACAGCUGCUCGGUCUGCGGCAAGCGCUUCUCGCAGAGCUCCAACCUGGUGAAGCACGAGAGGAUCCACACCGGGGAGAAGCCCUACGGUUGCGCCGAGUGCGGCAACACCUUCAGCAACAAGUCCAGCCUCACGAGGCACAAGAGGAACCACACGGGGCAGAAGCCCUACAAGUGCCCCCAGUGCGGGAAGCGCUUCAAGCAGAGCUCGGGCCUGCUCAAGCACGAGCGGGCUCACGUGCGGAAGGGCCUCGCCAAACUCCCAGAGCCCGGCAAGCGCUUUGACGCCAGCCUGGUGGGCCGCAUGAGAGCCCAUGUCGGCGAGGCCUUGUGAAAACACCUCACUCCGUUGAGGAAAGGUCGAAAGGCAUGAAGCUUGUUGGCGUUGAAACCGUGUGAAGUCAGGAAU